AUGAUGGACAGCGGGAGCUGGGAAUUGGUUCUGCCGGCGUCCUGCGACGGCCUCCCCGCCGCCGCGGAGGGCAGCAGCUGCUGCGGCAAGGCGACGUGCCCGUCGGCCUCGUACAAGCUGACGAGCCACAGGCGCGACGCGGAGCGCCCCGAUUUGGGCGAGAUACCCUACCUGGGGGGCAGCUGCACAGUGCUGGACGGCUUCGACUCGGUGGGCCUCCCUGGGGCGGAGCCUCUCCCCGACGUCCCGGUCAGGGUCAUCGUGGAUCAUUCCAUACACUUCUUCAAGACCGCGAGCGCCCAGGCGAUAUUCGGCAUCUCCCCUGGAGAUCCUACGGGCGGCCCUAACAAGGUGUUGUCCGCGAUGGGCGUGGAGCGAUUUACCGUGUGCCUGGACCAGUCUGGAGAAGCUGGCGCCAUCUGGUUGAACGACAGUCCCAAGGCUUCUGCUGACAAAGCUUCGUGGAAAGAGGUGCGAUCUACAAUGAGGCAAUACUGGGGCACAUGGACGAGCGACUGGCAACUGGCCGGCGCGGGCGCAGCAGUGCCCCUGGGUUGCAUUGAGGAUGAUUGCGGCGUGAUCAUCGACACGGGGACUCCUUUGAUAAACUUGCCGCAGGCGAUGUACGACACCAUGGAAAAACACAUUCACGGCCGCGGGGUGGCCGAUUGCUCCGAUCUGUCAAAGUUCCCCACACUACGCUUCACGAUCGGCGACCAGGCGCUCGAGCUCUCUCCUGAGGCAUACGUUGCCGACGGCGGAGAGCGGCAGCCUGGAACAAGCCUCCUCGUGGCGGGCCUGCAAUUUCCGGCGAUGCCGAUGUCUUCGGAGGACCACAUGCUGUGGAAGUCCGGGAAGCCGUUCCGCCAGUGCGUGCUGCUGUUCGAGCACUAUGGCGAGGACGCGCAGAUGUGGGGAUACGGCCCGCUGGUCACGCUCGGGCUGCUGUCCCUCCGCGACUACAGGGUGCAGUUCGACCUCGGGGCCCGCAAGAUGCGCUUCGGGGAGGCCGCGGCCGACUGCAGCCAGCCGCAGAACAGGAGCCGCCUGGAGCGCCCCACGGGCGCUCGCCGGCUUCAGGCGGUGGUCCCCCACAAGCUGGCCCCCAGCCUGCUCGCGAGAGCCGGCGGGAAGGUCCUCGCGGCGUGGGCUGCCUAG